AUGAAUCAAAGGCAGAUUUUGGCUAACUUUCUUAGGAAUUGUUCGAAGAGAAAGUUACUCGAUAAAGGGUUUCAGGCUCACGCGGCGUUGAUGAAGAUGGGAUUUGGGUCUGACUUAAUGCUGAGCAAUGAUCUCAUAGAUAUGUACGGAAAAUGUAGUAGAACUGGUUUGGCCUAUAAAGUGUUUGAGAAAAUGUCUGAAAGAAAUGAAGUGUCUUGGACUUCUCUAAUGUGUGUUUACUUACAAAAUGGAAAUGCCCAGAAAUGUUUAUCUGUCUUUAAUCAAAUGUUGGGAGUUUCGAAUUCUAAACCGAACGAGUUCACUUUCUCGACGAGUCUUAAGGCGUCGGGGAUUUUGGGUGUUGCUGAGUAUGGUAUGCAGAUUCAUGAGUUGUGUGUCAAAUCUGGUUUUGAUUUGGCUAUUGUGGUGGGGAAUUCUGUAAUGGAUAUGUAUGCUAAAUGUGGAAGAGUUAAAGAUGCAGCGAAGGUGUUUGAUGAAAUGCCUUUUCGGAAUCUUAUAACAUGGAAUGCAAUGAUUAGUGGCUACACACUUGAAGGGAAUGGUGAAAAGGCUUUGGUUUUGUUUAGGGAAAUGCAGGAGAGUGAAGUUCCUGAUGAGCAUACCUAUACUAGUACACUUAAGGCUUGUAGUGGUCUUGGGGCAAUUCAGCAAGGAAAUCAAAUUCAUGGUAGCUUAAUCACAAGAGGUUUAACUUUCCCAUGUCAAAUUCAGGCCACCAUUGCUGGUGCUUUAGUUGAUCUCUAUGUAAAAUGUGGACGAUUAUUCGAUGCUCGGAAAGUGUUUGAGCAAAUUGAAGAGAAGAACAUUAUAUCAUGGAGUUCAUUGAUUCUUGGUUAUGCUCAAGAAGGAAAUGUAGAAGAGGCAAUGGAGUUGUUUAGGCAGUUAAGAGGAAGCAUAAACCAUGAAAUAGAUGGAUUUGUUCUCUCAAGUCUUAUGGGAGUUUUCGCUGAUUUUGCACUUGUGGAACAAGGCAAGCAAAUCCAUGCUCUUGCUACUAAAAUCCCAUCUGGUUUAGACGUAUCAGUAGCCAAUUCGAUUCUAGAUAUGUAUCUCAAGUGUGGUUCUAUAGAUGAAUCAAAAAGAUUUUUCGAUGAAAUGGUUACGAAGAAUGUUGUUUCGUGGACUGUUAUGAUCACAGGCUUCGGAAAACAUGGUCUUGGAAUGGAAGCAGUAAGUUUGUUCAACAAAAUGCAACUCGAAAAUGUAGAGCCUGAUGGGGUAGCUUACUUGGCUGUGCUCUCAGCUUGCAGCCACUCGGGACUUAUCGAACAAGGCCAAGAGUUAUUUUCAAGAAUGCGUCGUGACAGAAGAGUUAAACCAAGAGUAGAGCAUUAUGCUUGCAUAGUUGAUCUCCUUGGCCGGGCUGGACAAUUGAAAGAAGCGAAGAAUCUCAUCGAGAACAUGCCUUUAAAACCAAACACAGGGAUAUGGCAAACAUUGCUUAGUACUUGCAGAGUUCAUGGAGAUGUGGAGUUAGGUAGAGAGGUUGGUGAGAUACUAAUGAGAUUGGAUGGUGAUAACACAGUCAACUAUGUUAUGUUAUCGAACAUCUUAGCCGACGCAGGCUGCUGGAAAGAAUGUGAGAGAUUAAGACAAGUGGUGAAGAGAAAGGGAUUGAAGAAAGAGGCGGGGCGUAGUUGGGUGGAGAUCGAAAAAGAGGUUCACUUUUUCUACAAUGGAGAUGAUUCUCACCCACUUAUAGAACAGAUUCAUGAAGCUUUGAAGGAAAUGGAGAAGAGAAUGAGAGCUGAAAUGGGAUACAUCCCCGGAUUGAGAUUUGCAUUACAUGAUGUAGAAGACGAGUCUAAGGAAGAGAGCUUGCGAAUGCACAGCGAGAAGCUGGCAAUCGGGUUAGCAUUGGUUCGUGGUGGAUUGGAAGAGGAUGAGGAUGAGAAGAAGAAGAAGAAAACGAUUCGAAUUUUCAAGAACUUGAGAGUAUGUGGGGAUUGUCAUGUGUUCAUUAAGGGGUUGUCAAAGGUUUUGAAGGUGGUGUUUUUGGUAAGAGAUGCAAAUAGGUUUCACAAGUUUGAAGAUGGCAUUUGCUCUUGUGGAGAUUAUUGGUGAUAAUAUCACACUUCAAUACACAAUAUAUAGGACAAAGACUAUAGUAGGGACACUAUUUUUGUUGGUACAAUUUUUCUAUAUCACAAUCUACAUUAUAGUUAUAAUACACAUUUGAUCUGUUUUGAAAAUUCUUUCAUACCAUUUUUUGGAUUCUUCCCAUUUUUUACAUGUCUUCAUAUUUACAUAUUUGGUAGGUUUUAUUACCAAUUUUGCAAGCAAUACCAUUAAAUCUACUUGUAAA